CUCUCUCUCUCUCUCUCUCUCCAGGAACAACCUUAUUUUCUUCUUCUUUUUUAAUUUGGUUAAAUAUAUUUUUAAAUUUGAUGAAUAAAUUAAUGCUUGUAAUCGUUUGCCAAGUCUGAUUCAACUCAUUACAGAACAUCUUGUUUGAAGCUUGAUUAGCAUCGCCAUCGCAAUCGCCAGAUCCAUCCGAUUGUCAGUCAGCUCAGUGCUCCAAUUCUCUCCAUCUCGAAAUUGUUUCUCUGUCGGCAUACUGGACCUCCCUUUCUGAUUCAUCUCUACUUCUUCUUUAUGACAAGCUUCCAUGUAUGAUAAUCUACUUUUAUCAAAACUGCCAACUCUCUAGCUGAAGUGGAUCCCAGACCAAAUGUCAAGGACUCUUGCAGCAAUUUUAGGAGGUGCUGCAGGAGCCGUGGCAUUGGUGGGGCUGCUGUUUAUCAUUAUCUUCUAUUGUGUCUUUCGAGGCCGAAACGUGUCAAGAACAUCCGAGACAGGUUCUUCCGAUCCAUCUGUUCAAGUAGAGAGAGCCGCUGGGAUCGAAUUUACCUUACGAGAUGCUAGGAGGUUUGCAAUGGAUGAAUUGUCAUCUGCAACAAGAAAUUUUAGUGACAAGAGUUUGAUUGGACAAGGAAAAUUUGGCGAGGUGUACAAAGGAUUGCUUCAUGAUGGGAUGCUUGUAGCAAUCAAGAAACGACAUGGAUCCCCCAGUCAAGAGUUUGUCGAUGAGGUCCGAUAUCUUUCAUCUAUUCAACACCGAAAUCUGGUCUCCCUUUUAGGUUACUGCCAGGAAAAUGAUCUACAGAUACUUGUCUAUGAGUACAUACCUAAUGGAAGUGUUUCCAUUCACCUGUAUGGUGCUGGUCAGGUCUCGCAGGAAAAGCUAGAAUUCAAGCACCGGCUUUCUAUUGCUCUUGGGGCAGCUAAAGGUUUGGGUCACCUUCACUCCCUCAGUCCUAGAUUGAUUCACAAGGAUUUCAAAACAGCAAAUGUCCUUGUAGAUGAGAAUUUCAUAGCUAAAGUGGCAGAUGCUGGGUUGCGCAAUUUUCUUGGAAGAUUUGAUCAUGCUGGCUCAUCUUCCCAAAUGGGAAAUGAUGAGAUUUUCCUUGCUCCAGAGGUCACUGAAUUUAGACGAUUUUCUGACCGAAGUGAUGUUUACAGUUUUGGUGUGUUUCUUUUGGAGCUAGUAAGUGGUCAGGAAGCAAGAGGCUUGCUAUCUUCAGAUGUCAAUCAGAAUCUGGUUGAUUGGGUUCAAAAUCUUCAAGAGUCUGGCAGUAUAUCAACCAUUAUCGAUAGAAGAUUAGGUAAUAGUUUUACGAAAGAAGGCAUGGAGGAGUUGAUACAAUUGAUAAUUCACUGUGUGAACUCGUCAAGUGAGAGGCGUCCUCCCAUAAGCGAUGUUGUAACUGAACUUGAUCGUGUUCUUGAGAAAGAAAUGAGCUUGACCACGAUCAUGGGUGAAGGAACCCCAGUCGUGACACUGGGAAGUCAGCUUUUUAGGACUUCAAAAUAAUAAAAAAGCUGAAAGACCAAAGCCAACAAUCAUCCCAGCUGUUGAUAAUUGUAUAAAAAACAGUUGGAUAUUUUUUUUUGAUAUAUUCCGUUCUUUUUUUUUUUUUAAUUAUGUUAUUGUAAACAAGUUCCUAUACAUUGUUCAUAUUAUAGUUGUGGCUUGCGUUAGUGGUUUGUUAGUUGAAACACCAGGCCUUGUUCCUUGUACUGAUGCUUUGCUUGAAUGUAAUUUAAGCUUCAAUGUAAUCGUGAGUGUGUUGUGGU